CUUCACUUCGACGUCGCUUUUCCAAUCCACGACAUCGAGUACAGGCAGGAUUCCUCACACGGGAUCCAACGGACGCCCCUGUCUGAAGUCGAUCUCGGCAUGCAAGCUGCAGACCAGAAAAUAAUCAAGAUGACCAUCAAAUUUCAGCGCGAUCCAUUCGAGUGGGAUAUCAAUGUGGAGCGUAAGGAAGGCAUUCGCGUUUGCGAUGUCUUCGAGGCGAUCCAUGCAGCUUUCGACAUACCGCUCACAGCCUACGAGAUGAACUUGAUUCCGUUUCACCUCCGUGCAGGGUGUCAGGAGGCGUUUAAGCUUCGCUGCAACCUUGCGCCGGUGCUUCCGAUCGCUCAACUUCGCCUAGGCUGGAAGCGUGUAGACGCCCUUCUGCACAAGACCAUCUUCCGCGCCCUGACUCGGUCAAAUUCGGGAGAAUGUUGGAUACUAAAUCUUGGC